UCUUGAAAGAAAGAAAGAAAGAAAGGAAGAAAGAAAGAAAUGUGGUGUCCAAAAUUAGGAGAGGAGAGGAGGGGAGGGGAGGGGUAAGCAUGCAGUUGGUGCUAGGCCAGCCAGCAGGGCAAACCAUGAACCCACCCUACCUUUGUUUGGCGUGGGGGUGGCAUGGAUUCCGGCGGGCCGGCCAAUGACCAUGCUCGUCGAUCGUGUCGAUUGGGAUCGGAUCCAAGAAUCGGAUUGGAUUGGAUUGAAUGCUUGGGCAAAUUCUUUCUAUGUAUCGUUAGGUAGUAGAAGAGAAUUUGCUCAAGCAUUCACCACCUAGCAAGCAAGCAAGGAAUCAAGGAUGGGCAUCUUGUGUUGCUUCCAGUCCGGCGCCGACAAGCUCCCGGAUCAGGAUCAUGGUGGUGGCCGUGGCGGUGCUCCGGCGGCUGUUGCUUCAACAAAGAAGCCACCUCCUCGAGAUGCUCCCACCGUCACCGUCCGUCCUCCUAAUCUGUUGCGACGAGAUGAUGAUCAUCGUGAAGAGGACGGCGCCGGCACCGCCGCCACCACCAACAACAAUAACCUUGCCACCCUCGUCAAUGAGAUCGUUGCAGAAUCAGUGACGUACCAGCACAACCGGCGGGUGGCUGACGAGAUCCUGGGGAUGAACAAGGAGGAGACGGUGACCGCGCGAUCAUUCACGUACGCGGAGCUGUCGGAGGCCAGCGGCGGGUUCCGGGUGGACUCGAUGCUGGGCGAGGGCGGGUUCGGGCCGGUGUACCGUGGGCGGCUGCGGGACGGGGACGGAAAGGGGAAGGGGAAGGGGACGGAGGUGGCGGUGAAGCAACUGGACCGCAACGGGCUGCAGGGCACGCGCGAGUUCCUGGUGGAGGUGCUCAUGCUCAGCCUCCUCAAGCACCCCCACCUCGUCACCCUCAUCGGCUACUGCGCCGACGCCGACCACCGCAUGCUCGUCUAUGAGUUCAUGCCACAAGGCUCCCUCGAGGACCACCUCCUGGACCUCCCGCCCUCCUCCCCGGGGCUCGACUGGGCCACGCGCAUGCGCAUCGCGCAGGGCGCUGCCCGGGGUCUCGAGUACCUCCACGACGCCUCCCGCCGCCCAGGCCCGCCCGUCAUCUACCGCGACUUCAAGGCCUCCAACAUCCUCCUCGACACCUGCUUCCGCGCCCAUCUCUCCGACUUUGGCCUCGCCAAGGUCGGACCCGUCGGCGACAAGACCCACGUCUCCACCAGAGUUAUGGGCACAUACGGCUACUGCGCCCCUGAGUAUGCCCUCACGGGGAAGCUCACCACCAUGUCCGACGUCUAUAGCUUCGGUGUCGUCUUCCUCGAGAUCAUCACGGGCCGGAGGGUCAUCGACACUUCCAGGCCGCAUGAUGAGCACAACCUUGUGCAGUGGGCGGCGCCGCGGUUUAAGAGCAAGAAGCGCUUCAGGGAGAUGGCAGACCCGCUGCUCCGCGGCGCCUACCCCACCAAGGGGCUCUACCAGGCGCUCGCCAUCUCCGCAAUGUGCCUGCAGGAGGAUGCCACCAUGCGCCCCUCCAUCGCCGACGUCGUCACCGCGCUCGACUACCUCACCGGCGUCGACAAGCCUUCCCCUUCCCCUUCCCCUUCCCCUUCCCAUCAACAAGAGUCACCACCCAAGGAUGAUGCCACUGGCUAGUUAUGCAUAUCUGUGCAACAUGUAUAUAUGCAAGUGCGUUCUUGUCAUUUGAUCGAUUAUUUCUACAACUAGUACCUGGUUUGUGCA